GUUCCAGUCAUGUGCGACAGGUUCCAGUCAUGUGCGACAGGUUCCAGUCAUGUGCAACAGGUUCCAGUCAUGUGCGACAGGUUCCAGUCAUGUGCGACAGGUUCCAGUCAUGUGCGACAGGUUCCAGUCAUGUGCGACAGGUUCCAGUCAUGUGCGACAGGUUCCAGUCAUGUGCAACAGGUUCCAGUCAUGUGCGACAGGGUCCAGUCAUGUGCGACAGGUUCCAGUCAUGUGCGACAGGUUCCAGUCAUGUGCGACAGGUUCCAGUCAUGUGCGACAGGUUCGAGACUCUGCUAUCCGGCUUCCAUUUCCAGUCUUCCUGCAGAACCGGCGUGCCAGUCUUGGUCUUAAACUAACUGUUGUUCCAACAAUCGGUCUCCAUCUCUUGUACAAUCGACUGGUGAGCACGCCCACACUAGCCGUACGUACGCCUACACCUGCUGUAGGCACGCCCACACGAGCCGUACGCACGCCCACACAAACCGUACGCACGCCCACACGAGCCGUACGCACGCCCACACGAGCCGUACGCACGCCCACACGAGCCCGUAUUAACGUUAGCUCUGUCUCCACAGUCACGCCCACAGUCUGUUCCCUACGCCCACAGCCUGUUCUACACGCCCACAGCCUGUUCCCCACGCCCACAGCCUGUUCUACACGCCCACAGCCUGUUCUCCACGCCCACAGCCUGUUCUCCACGCCCACAGCCUGUUCUCCACGCCCACAGCCUGUUCCCCACGCCCACAGCCUGUUCCCCACGCCCACAGCCUGUUCCCCACGCCCACAGCCUGUUCCCCACGCCCACAGCCUGAUCCCCACGCCCACAGCCUGUUCUCCACGCCCACAGUCUGUUCUCCACGCCCACAGUCUGUUCUCCACGCCCACAGCCUGUUCUCCACUCCCACAGCCUGUUCCCCACGCCCACAGCCUGUUCUCCACGCCCACAGCCUGUUCUCCACGCCCACAGCCUGUUCUCCACGCCCACAGCCUGUUCCCCACGCCCACAGCCUGUUCCCCACGCCCACAGCCUGUUUCCACGCCCACAGUCUGUUCCACACGCCCACAGCCUGUUCCCCACGCCCACAGCCUGUUCCCCACGCCCACAGCCUGUUCUCCACGCCCACAGCCUGUUCUCCACUCCCACAGCCUGUUCCCCACGCCCACAGCCUGUUCUCCACGCCCACAGUCUGUUCUCCACGCCCACAGCCUGUUCCCCACGCCCACAGCCUGUUCCCCACGCCCACAGCCUGUUCCCCACGCCCACAGUCCCACCCUCACGCCCACAGAAGAGAGCCAUCCUGGCUGUGAGGUGCAGUUUGUCAUCAGUCCCACGGGAUGGAGACGGAGCAGCCUAAGUGCCCAACGCACUCCUUCUCCCUUGGAAAAUGGCCCUUUAGAAAAUGGUCUUCCAGCAAAAUGCUCUUCACCGCAAUGGAGACCUAUAGUGACAACGUCUCCCAGUGCCUCCCAGUGCCUUACAGUGCCGCAGGAGCCGUCACAGUGA